AUUCACACAUCAUAUGGAAUGGAAGAUGAUGAGUAUGCUUCUUCAUCAGAGAUGUCACUUGUUCGAUCAUUUCUACUCUUGAUCGAGUUGGAUAGGAAUGUACUUCCCAUGGUUCUCACAUUAAGAUUGCUUAGGGUGUUGGAUUUAUUGGAAUAUUACAUUAGUAAGUUCCCGGAAGAAAUAUUACAACUUGUGAACUUACGCUACUUAUCUAUCAAUUGCAAGUCAUUGCCAAGAAGUGGAAUAUCAAGAUUGUGUAAUUUGCAAACGUUGAUUGCUCUGUUAGGCAAUGGCUCUUGUCCAGCUGAGUUGUGGGAGAUGGGAGAUGUCUGAGUUAAGACAUCUCAUUAUGUUCGGUGCAUAUCUCAUGAUAGAAGAUGAUUACAUGAAAAAAAUUGUUCUAAAGAAGCUGCAGACGAUACGGAAUGUAAGGAUAAGUCCGUCAGUGAUUAGAAGGGGUUUCUUGGAAAGCAUUCCAAAUAUAAAAAGCUUGAAAAUCUAUUAUGCGGUUAAAGGCUCAUGGGUGAGUGAAGUAGUUGAUCUGAGUCAUCUUCACAAACUCCAAACAUUAAGCUGGAGGUCAUCAUACGAUCAAUAUAUGCACGUACCCAAAUAUCCAUCUACUCUUAGAAAAUUAAAUAUCUUUGGUUGUGUAAUAACUCCGGCAGGGACGACGGCUCUGUGUGCACUACCGAAUCUGGAAGUACUCAAGAUAAGAUAUUGUACCUUCAAAAGCAAUGAGACAGAAGAAGAAGAAGCAAAUGAAGAGUGGGAAAUAGCAGAAGGAGAUGAAUUCAGCUCAUUGCAGUUUCUACUACUCUAUAAUUCACGUCUGGUGCGUUGGAGAGCUGAUGAAACCAACUUCCCUAGACUCCGCCAUCUCUUUAUACGAUAUUGUAGGAAGCUAGAGGAAAUCCCCGCCGGCAUUGGAGAAAUCCCAACCCUCCAAUUAAUCCACUUAGAAGAGUGCAGGUAUUCUGCAGUGGCCUCAGCCAAACAGAUUCAGGAGGAGCAACAAUCUGAAUACGACAACUACGACCUCCAACUUCGUAUCUCCCCAUAAUUGCACAUAAAGAGGAAGAGAAAAGAAAGGAAGAUGAAGAUUGAAGACGACUCAAAGUGGCCACAUUUGAAACUCAUUUGAUUUCUCCCCUCUUGUCUUGUCUGCAAUUACUUCACAAUUUGCUUUGUUUUUCACGGGUUUUUGCCAUGGGACUUUUAAUGAGACUUGAACCUUUAAUUGGAUUUUUUUUUUAAUAUGAUAUUAUAAUUUCAUUGAUAUA